AUGGUCUCGUUAUCACGGACUUGUGCCGUUUUCGGGACCAUGGCAGGGUUGGCUACGGCAGCCGACCUUGCCAGCUAUGUGUUGCCACUGAUUGGCACAGAGGCCGGCGGAAACACCUUCCCCGGUGUUUCGGAACCCUUUGGCAUGGUCAAGCUUGGCCCGGACAUGGACACCGGUCCUGAUGCCACUGGGUCAAGUUACUCGGGCUAUGUCCCAGGUGCCGCCUUUUUUACUGGUUUCAGUAUGCUACAUGAGAGUGGAACAGGCGGUGCUCCAAAAUAUGGCGUCGUCUCGCAGAUGCCCAUCACGGGCAUCCCCGUGGAAAAUCCGCUCCUGCGUCACGCCGAUGCCCGUGGCGCCGUGGCCGACGAAGCCAGUCCGGGCUCCUACAAAGCCACCAUGGCCUCGGGUAUUGUCGUUGAGCUUGCCGCCUCGUCGCGUGCAGGACUCUACCAAUAUACAUUUCCCAACAGCACCAGCGGCACCAACAGCAUUAUUGUCGACGUGUCACAUUUUUUGCCGGCCCCCGACCGUGCCUACCUGAGCCAGCACUACCUCGGCGGCAACAUUUCUGCCUCCGCCAAGCCUGACGGCAGUAGUCUCCAGUACCAAGGCGCCGGCACCUACAACAAUGGCUGGAAUCUGUCACCCGCUUGGACUGUCUUCUUUUGUGGCUACUUUGAUAGCCCGGGCACGGUGCAGACGUUUGUCGGCACCAGCAGCACUGGUAGCACAAUACAUCAGUUUCCUGCGGCAAGCACCGUGGACACAUCACCGAACCGCCUCGGUGCCGUCUUUUCCUUCAAUUCGACAAGUACGAACACUGUCACGUCUCGCGUCGGUGUCUCCUUUAUGUCAACUGCCCAGGCCUGCAGCAACGUCAACAGCCAAGUGCCGCCGGGCACCAACCGGACGGCCCUGGAGGCACAGACCCGAGCCGCCUGGAAUGACCAGGUGCUUAGCAAAAUCACGACAACGGAUAGAGACAAUACCACGCGGCUGCAGCUGUUGUACUCGUCCUUGUACCACAUGUUUCUGCUCCCGCAGAACAAGACGGGCGAAAACCCCUUGUGGACCUCGUCGGAGCCCUACUACGACGACGUUUUUACUCUCUGGGAUUUGUUUCGCUGUACAACUGCCUUGUUCCACGUUCUCCAGCCGACCAUGUACGAAGAGUUCAUCCGGUCGCUGGUCGACAUCUGGCGCCACGAGGGCUUCAUGCCGGACGCCCGCUCGUCGUUUUUCAACGGCGUUACUCAGGGUGGGUCGAACGCCGACAACGUUUUGGCCGAUGCCUACGUUAAGGGCGUGCGCGGUAGCAUCAAUUGGUACGAUGCCUAUGCUGCCAUGGUGACCAACGCCGAGACCGUGCCGGUCAACAACAACGACCCGCGCGACCCGACCGGCUCAACAAAGGAGGGCCGCGGCGCCUUACUGGACUGGCACAACUACGGUUUCAUCACGCGGUCCUAUGGUCGGUCCGUCACACGUGCGGUCGAGUACUCCGUCAACGACUUUUCGCUUUACCAGGUUGCCUCGGGCCUGGGCAAUGCCAAGGACGCCAGCAAGUACCUUGAUCGGUCACGCAACUGGCGCAAGCACUGGAACCCAUCGGCGGCAUCGCUCGGCUUCUCUGGGUUUCUGGUACCACGGACAAAGACCUCAUUUAUUCAGCAAGAUCCUCUCUUAUGCGGCGGAUGCUACUGGGCAGACGAUUGUACGUGCAGCAGUCCCGGUAUUCUAGUUGGAUUGUGUACUAACUGGGGUGCAGACUACGAGGCUCUUUCGUGGGAGUACUCGUUCAACGCCCAUCACGACAUGAAGGCUCUUGUUAACUACUCAGGUGGCGACACCACCUUCUCUAACCGACUGGCCAUGAUGUUUGUCCCUGGCCAGCGGCCCAUUGGUUCGGAACAGUUUAACAAUACUAUCUUCAACCCGGGCAACGAACCCAGCUUCACCACCCCUUACCUCUUCAACUUUGUUGGCCGCCAGGACCUCUCUGUUCAGUACAGCCGUGCUGCUGCCGACACCUACUACCAGCCAACCGCAGGGGGUCUGCCGGGAAACAGCGACGCCGGCGCCAUGGAAUCAUGGGUCCUUUGGUCCAUGACCGGCUUGUACCCGAUCACCGGACAGACCACGUUCCUUAUUGGCUCGCCCUGGUUCCACAACCUCACCAUCAGUCUCGGUGGCGGCAAGACCUUGCAAAUCACUUCGACCAACGUCACCACCACCACCUCUUCAUCACAGGCUAUCUUCGUUCAGUCCCUCAAGGUCAACGGCCAACCGUGGAACCGGUCCUGGCUCACCUAUGAUGACAUCUUCGCCAACGGCGGCCGCCUCGAUUUUGUCCUCGGCCCCCGGCCCUCCAACUGGUCCACCGAUGGCAGUCCGCCGCCCAGCCCGGCUACCGAGGACGUAGUGCCGCCACCGUUGGUGCUACCAUCCGUCGUUGAGCAGGACCGCUUUCGUUGGCGCGUUGAGCGGCCGGUGCUGGCGAGUCUGGUUAGUGCUGUGAGCGCUACUCUGGUCAUCUCUGCCGUGUACCUCUGCCUUCGGCGUCGCCGCUCGCAGUCGUUGGGCAAGGGCCAAGCACACCAGAUACCUACUACGGAGGUACCACCUCCAUCACCACCACAAGGAGUGAAGUCUAAGCUUUUAGGAUUGCAGCCCCGGAUGCUUCAACUGCCAGCGAUGGCAUUUAAACAGCUGAGACGGGAUCCUUUCGGGUCCGCAAGAGCAACCGAUGUGGCCGUCAAUGAAGCAGCCGUUACAACGGCGCCAGCUGUGAAAGUAAUAGCAACGACUGUCUCUGUUCAAGCAAUCGAUUAUUUUAGUGUCUCGGACGGCCAACGGACCGAUCGCUGUGACGAUGAUGCCCCCAAAUCCAGGGGCGAGGCUGAGGUAGCAUCUCCUGUGGUGCGUCAGCCGGCACAUGCGAUGGGCCUUGAUGCUGUUUGA